UUUUUAAUGAAUUGAAAAAAACAAAUACAAUAAUGAACUUUAAAAUUUGUAUUGUGUUUUUGCAUUUGUUUGUUCAUUUUUGUAUAGCAAAUCCAGGAAUUUGCCAAAAUCCAUCGGAACUAGCCAGACUUCAUAAAGUGUGUUUAGGAUUACUUGGGAGGAGUAGCGGUGGUAUUGUCAAAGAUGCAGUAAAUGAUUGCAUAAGAAAACCAUCCGUGAUCGCGGAUUUUCAUAUUUCUGUUUUGGAUACCUCAAAGAUACUUGAUUCCAUGGUGUGGGUUGAUGAGAUGUCGGAAAACGAAUUUAUAGCAGCGAUAACGGCAAAACUUACUUUUGUGCAACUCGUCAAUAUUUUUGAAGGCGUGCUUAUUCAGACUAAAAGUAUAUGUGGUGUUGAAUUCGACAAAAGGCAGAAAGCAAAAAGGAAAACAGUUAGAGAGUACAUGCUGAGGGAACAAGAGCAAUACAGUCUAACUGUAGUGGAAAUCGAAGAGUUAACUGCACCAUUGCUGGGCCGUGCUAUGUAUUGGGAGGAAUUUUAUAGAAUAAUGGUUCGUAAAAAGUAA